AAAAAUAAUAAUAAUAAUAAUAAUAAUAAAAAUUAAAUAUUUUGAAAAGAACACGCCUGCGGCCACGCACACUGCUUUUAUUUCGAAACUGUAACCGGAAGCGCCGCGCUCGCUGCCUUCAGUGAACCUGACAUGGUAGACUCAGCGCACCGCGGUGGGAUUUUACGGAAGAUGCUGAAGAAACGGGAGCUGUUGGCCUGCAGCGAGCAGACUGAUUCUUCUGAAUCAGGGCGUCCUGUACUUGGAUCAAGUAUCUCGUGAACAAUAAGGUGUAAAACUGAGACGCACCAAUCUGAUCCACCAGAUCUGGACCAGCCCUGAUACCGACCUGAUUGAGCGGAUCCGGUAUCGGCCAGCUUUCCGAGAGACAACCCUUCAGUGAAGAUGAGAUCAUGGUCCCGGUACUAGCCUCCAAAAAAGCCAGCGAACUCCCUGUCAACGAAGUAGCUUGUAUCCUGCAGGCCGACCUGCAGUUGGGUCUGAACCAGGAGGAGGUGAGCCGGAGGAGAGCCUACCAUGGCUGGAACGAGUUCGACAUCAGUGAAGAGGAGCCGCUAUGGAAGAAAUACAUCUCGCAGUUCAAAGAUCCUCUCAUCCUGUUGCUGUUGGCGUCGGCGGUCAUCAGCGUUCUCAUGCACCAGUUUGAUGACGCCAUCAGCAUCACUGUGGCCAUCAUCAUAGUGGUGACCGUUGCCUUCGUCCAGGAGUACCGCUCAGAGAAGUCUCUAGAAGAGCUCGGGAAGCUGGUGCCUCCAGAAUGUCACUGUGUCAGGGACGGGAACCUGGAGCACAUGCUGGCCAGAGACCUGGUUCCAGGAGACACCGUCUGUCUGUCCGUGGGAGAGAGAGUCCCAGCAGACCUCCGCCUCUUCGAGUCGACCGACUUGUCUGUGGAUGAGUCCAGUCUGACGGGGGAGACCAGCCCCUGCUCCAAGUCCACCUCCCACCAGCCAGCAUCCAGCAACGGAGACAUCUCCUCCCGCAGCAACAUCGCCUUCAUGGGGACGCUGGUGCGCUGCGGCAAGGCCAAGGGCAUCGUCAUAGGAACCGGAGAGAACUCAGAGUUUGGGGAAGUGUUCAAGAUGAUGCAAGCAGAAGAGGCUCCUAAAACACCGUUACAGAAGAGCAUGGACCUGCUGGGGAAGCAGCUCUCGCUCUAUUCCUUCGGCAUCAUAGGGGUCAUCAUGCUGGUGGGCUGGCUGCAGGGGAAGAAGAUUAUGGACAUGUUCACCAUCGGUGUCAGUCUGGCGGUAGCUGCCAUCCCAGAGGGUUUACCCAUCGUGGUGACGGUAACGCUGGCGCUCGGUGUGAUGCGCAUGGUGAAGAAAAGAGCCAUCGUCAAGAAGCUUCCCAUCGUAGAAACUCUGGGCUGCUGUAAUGUGAUCUGUUCAGACAAGACGGGAACUCUGACCAAGAACGAGAUGACCGUCACUCAGCUGUUCACGUCAGAUGGACUCCACGCUGAGGUGACAGGCGUCGGCUACAACGCAGCAGGAGAGGUUUUACUGGACGGCGAGAUCAUCCACGGCUUCUCCUGCCCUUCAAUCAGCAAGAUCGUGGAGGUUGGCUGUGUGUGUAACGACUCAGUCAUCAGGAAUCACACUCUGCUGGGACGACCGACGGAGGGAGCGCUCAUCGCCCUCGCCAUGAAGAUGGGGCUGGAGAGCCUGCAGCAGGAGUAUGUCCGUCUGGAGGAGCGUCCCUUCAGCUCCGAGCAGAAGUGGAUGGCAGUUCGCUGUGUUCACCGCACCCUGCAGGAUAAACCUGGAGUUUACUUCAUGAAGGGAGCUUACGAGCAGGUGAUUCGCCUCUGCAGCUCCUACAACAGCAGAGGAAGCACACUUUCACUCAACCACCAGCAGAGGGAGCUCUACCAGCAGCAGAUCAGCUACAUGGGCAGUGCUGGUCUGAGAGUUUUGGCGUUUGCGUCGGGUUCUGAGAUGGGGAACCUGACCUUCCUGGGUCUGGUGGGCAUCAUCGACCCACCCAGGGAAGGGGUCAAAGAAGCCGUGGGCACGCUGAUCAGCUCCGGAGUCGCCAUCAAGAUGAUCACUGGAGACUCCCAGGAGACCGCCAUGUCCAUAGCGAGUCGUUUGGGUCUGUACUCUAAAGGCGGUCAGUGUUUGUCUGGAGACGAGGUGGAUCACCUCGACCUGCAGCAGCUUUCAAACAUCGUCCCCCGAAUAGCCGUGUUUUAUCGAGCCAGUCCCAGACACAAGCUGAAGAUCGUCAAGUCCCUCCAGAACAUCGGCGCCGUGGUGGCCAUGACGGGUGACGGGGUGAACGACGCUGUGGCUCUGAAGGCCGCAGACAUCGGCGUGGCGAUGGGCCAGACGGGCACCGACGUCUGCAAGGAGGCGGCCGACAUGAUCCUGGUGGACGACGACUUCCAGACCAUCAUGUCGGCCAUCGAGGAAGGCAAAGGGAUUUACAACAACAUUAAAAACUUCGUCCGCUUCCAGCUGAGCACGAGUAUUGCAGCUCUGACUCUCAUCUCCUUGGCAACGCUGAUGAACUUCCCCAACCCGCUGAACGCCAUGCAGAUCCUGUGGAUCAACAUCAUCAUGGACGGACCUCCAGCUCAGAGUUUGGGUGUGGAGCCUGUGGACCGGGACGUGAUCAGAAAGCCUCCUCGUAACGUGAGAGACAGCAUCAUCACUCGCGGCCUGCUCGUCAAAGUCCUGGUGUCGGCGCUCAUCAUCGUCUGCGGGACGCUGUUUGUCUUCUGGAGAGAGUUGCAGGACAACGUGAUCACUCCUCGAGACACCACCAUGACCUUCACCUGCUUUGUCUUUUUCGACAUGUUCAACGCUCUGAGCUCUCGUUCUCAGACUCGUAUGAUCCAUGAGUUGGGUCUGUGCAGUAACAGGACGUUCUGUUACGCCGUCCUGGCCUCCAUCAUGGGUCAGCUCCUCGUCAUCUACUUCCCUCCUCUACAGAGCGUCUUCCAGACAGAGAGCCUCAGCAUCUUCGACCUGCUGUUCCUGGUGACCCUCACCUCCUCGGUGUGCGUGGUGUCUGAGGUCAUCAAGAUGGUGGAGAGGUGGAGGGGAGCUGAGAGGAGCCCGCCCGCCGACUGCUUCCACGAGGUAUGACACCCUCCCUCCCCCCCGCGCUGUCCGGGCCGAAGGACUCUGAGGUUUGGAGGAAGAAGAGGAGGAGGAGGAGUGUGAUGGGUUUUAGGAUCUCACAACUGAUGGCACUGAUUAAUUAAGACUGAAAGGACUUGUGGGAUUUUCCUGUGAGCUCCUCAGGAGGGAGGAGAAACUCUGGUCUGGGACUGGAGGAAGCUCCCGGCCCUCGAGGGGACGGAGGGAGGCGAGUUAGCGGACUGGACUUUGAUUAAACUGGGAAGACAAGAUGGCUGCUGGGAGAUCUGACCCUCUACUCUGCGUUUGGUCCAGCAGAGGCCUUUAAUACCGAUCCACAGCAGCUGUUUAGCUUGUGCCCCCUCCGCGCUCGGCCUCGUUGUAGAUUCCCGACUGUAGCUUUGGGGAAACCGACCGCACCUUCCUGCCGUGAACCGGCUCCAGUUUGCUCCUCGUUAUUUAGGACGUAACUCUCUGAAGAAUCAAGGCUAGAGACGUGUAGAGUCUUUUAUAAUUUGUCAUUUAGAAGGUGUUGACCACUAUUCAGCUUGCUUUUCUUGGUUGAAUGCGGUAACUUCAAACACGCAGGACGACUUGUUUUGAUUCCUCUAUAGAUGGGUUUACAGUAUAUGGUGGAGGUGUUAACGGUACAAAAUUCAGUUUUCUUUCAAUUUAUUUAGCAACAAAUAAACACCUUACAGAGUUCCUAAUUUCUGCUGUAAAGAUUAAGGCCCUGAAACAUGUACAUAUAGUCAGUUAUUUAAAGGAAACUAAGACAAUAUGUCAGUGUUGCUGUAGGUUAAUUACAGAACUGUAUGCACAUAAAUGAACAUUACAGUGCACUUGAAGCAUUUAGGGCAUAUAAAGCUUUAAUCUCAUGUUUUCUGCUGUAGAAGUCUGUGGCUGCCAAUAUUAAAAUGAAAUUUAAUUUUCCGUUUAUGUGCACAGAUUUUCAAAUUACACGGAAGUCGUCCUUUUCUUGGUCGUUUUUUCAUAAUAUUGGACAGAUUUUUUUCAAAAGAGGUUUGUCCUGUUUGUUAUGGAAAUUUCCUGGUUAAAAAUUACAACAUAACCAAUAAAGUCUACUCUGUUGAAACAUUCAAAUUAUAAAUUUUACCUGAUGAGGACUGAAGCAAAAUCAGGCUGUAAUUCAUAUUCAUGUUUAAAUCCAGUUUGCAGUUUAGUUUAUUGAGUUCAUUGUCUGCCAAUUUUAAAAUGAAAAGUCUAUUUUACAUUAAACGCCAUUAUUAUUAUUAUUAUUUUUUUUUUUUUAUUAUCAUUAUUAUUAAGGCAGUCUCUCAGGUUUCGGAGUAGACUGAAAAAUUAUUUGUCAAUUUAAUAUUAAUUUCAUUUAGUUUUCGUUUUGCCAGUAAUUAUGCUUUUCCAACAUGAAAAUAAAAAUUAGAUAUACUUUUUUUUUUUAUUGUAAAAACAUCUUGUUUGAUUAAGUGAUUUGAUUUUAAUGUUGGCAGCCGUAGACUUCCAUACUCUCUGACUCUGUCUGGUCACAUGUCUGCAGCGAUGACACACUCCUGUGGUUGUUGUAGGACGGGAUAUUAUAUAUUACACACUAGCGUCGAUACCAGAACAAGUUUUUUUUGAUUACUCUGAGACUUUUACUUUACUUACUGAAUUUUCUUUCAUUGAACAAAAGAAGCCAAAGUUCUCAAAUUUUAAAUGUUGUUUAAACACAAGCAGCCUUACAAGAACUUUGUCAAUCUAAGAUUUUGAAUUAAAAUCAGAAACUAUCUGAUCGGAGAAAAAGCAACCCGGACGUUAAUCUGACCAGACAUUUGACGGCAGCUUUCAGUCGGCGUCGCGGUCUGAAUCUGCCGUCACGAAAGAGGCAGCUUGAUUGAUUCAGGUAUUUCAGAGACAUAAUGUUAUCUGAGUUGAGUUAAACAAUGUUGACACAUCAAUUUUUUAUUUUUUUUUUGGUCAAGUGUUUCUGUCGUUUACUUUGAAACCAUAAAGCUCCCAAACACAAAAUGUAAAUUAUUUUGGAGGCUCUUCCAGCUCUGGCUUUUCGUUUCGGUUUUACUAAAGCGAUGAUGCUAAAGUUAGCUAUGUGAGCUGGGCUAACCGGACUAACCUGAUCUUUGUUCUUUAUUUUCACCAGACCAGCUGAACCAAAUACCAUUGGCAUAACAAAUACAGGUGUGAACGAUACAGAAAUAUUUCUUGUACGAACAGUUUAGGAGGAAUAAAUGUACCAUUACACCUCCACUAUACGGGCUCGUUUCUGUGAUCCACAUAUGAUGAUUCAUGCUUCUUUCCACGCACACUGGUUUUUUUUAAAUUAAAAGGAACUCUGGUUUCUGUUGUACAGCUGAUGACAAACGCUUUUCUGUCAUAUUUAAGCUCCUCCACACCUUUAAAAACACGUCUGUGCUGACGAAUGACUGACUCUUCUGGCACAAACCAGCCGCUGUUUGCUGGUCACUCGGUGAAAGUGGCUGCAGAAAGAUACGUUCCCUAACCCUAACCGCGAAGUUUAACAUCCUGAUGCUAAAUGUGGAAUUAGGCCUCAAAAACCACCAACGCUGACACAACGGUGCCGGCACGGUCGCUUCAGGGUACAAACGCAGAUACUUCAGUAACAAUGCUUUCUCAUCCUGUGCCUUAGAGAGGUCAUCGACCAUUUUAAUUAUCUCCACUUCAGUGGAAAAGAAGCCCUUUACUGACGGAUGGCUUUUCCGUUUAAUCAGUUUCAGCACUUCAUGAAGAAUCGCCUCAUAUAUUAACUUUAGUUUUAUUUUUUUUUUAUAGUUCUCGUUGAUUUUAUCUCCCUCAUUCAGUCAGGAUUUACUGCCACUCCUCCACCUUUUUAAUCAAUAUAGAGAAGCCAGGGUGCUUUCUGGGAAAUGUAGUCCACUCGGCUUUCACACCGUUGGGAGUUUUGACUCGUAGUUAUAAUCUGCUGUAGUCUUCGCAGGCUCAAACAACGUGAACACUAGAAAAGUGGAAAGAAAAUACCUUCACUCUGCUGCUGUUAACUAGAAUUUAAUUUUAUUUCAUGUUGUGCACAUGACCGACGGCGUCUACAGCAGCAGAGUCCAGGUCGUCUGUUUGUAACACGCAGCCUUUGCUGAUGUCAGUACAAGGCUUUAUCAGUGAAACAUGGUGAGAUUUUAUUUCUGACAAAAACAAACAAAAAAAAAAAAGAUAUAUUAAAGGAAAUUUACUGUUGUUUUUUUUUACAACUUGAGUCUUAUUUUUUGUAGCUUUUCCAUCGUUCCUGUUGGUUCUGAUAAGAUUUCUGCUCUGAGAUCAGUUGAUUCGGUGACAUCUCCACGACAGAGAGGAGGGAAGCGUCACAUUACAGCAUAAUGUCUCACCGGACGUCACAGACCCACGUCAGCAACAGGUCCCAGCUCAGCAAGUCUGACAAGAAGAUAUAGAUAGAAGUAUUCAAUGAGCACUAUUGAAUAAGGACCAAUUAAAUGAGUCUGAGAACGCAACGUGAGCAGUCAGACGGGUUUAACCGUGCGAGUUAAAACAAGGCAGGAAGCUGUUUGGUUUUGGGGUCGUGUUGCUUCAGGUACAGGUGAGACAGUGGAGUAUGAUCCAGGAAGAAGUCACAGGUCCGUGAGUUUGAAGGUUUAUCAGACGCCAAAACGCUGAACAUCCGUUUUAUAACACUCCAGGAUUUUACAACUCUGGCAAGCCAGCUGUUUGAUCCUUUGGUCACGCCGACCGCGAGGUAAACAGCAGAAAUACACCGUUCACCUUACCACCAGGAAAGUGCGCUUGUACAUAUCUGAUUGGCCAACGCGGUACAGUGCCGGAUGGCGUCGCGCUACAUUGACACCACCGCUGCGUCACCAGCCUGGCUCCAUUGAAAUGAAUGAGUGGGCUGCAUGUUUUUACGCUGGGCUGAAAGGCCUAAAGUACAACAAACACUACAGACUGGGACAGAAAUCAAUAAAAAAAAAUAUAUAUAUAUAUAUAUAUAUAUAUAUAUAUAUAUAAAAUAAAGUGACUAUAAUUGACCAACUCAAAGAAGAUUUAGUGUUUAAAUCAUCUGAAGCACUUAUUUAGAAGAGGAAACUAAAGCAGACUUUCAGUGUAUUUACCACGUAACCCUAGUUGUUGGUGUACGCAGUUUUACAGUAGAGGGGAUGAUUAUAAGCGGUUUAGAUAAUAUUUCUAAACUUCAUGUUUGUUUUCAACCUGUCAGAGUGUCUGACUGCUCCUGUUUCUGCUCCGCUCGACGACUUUCUCGUUAUUUGGCCCCACGUCAGAUUUUAGCAAUUAAGAAGCUCAAAACUCAGGUUGUACACAACGCAGCAGAGCUGAUGUUUCUGCCCCGUCAUUAACUCCCAUCAAGGAUCGCAUGACGUCCAUCUUGUCCUGCGUCCUCUCUCUCACUUGUUUUUGAGGUCUCUUUUCCACUUCCUACAGCCAGAUGUGAUUAAAACCUGCAGUUCAUGACUGAGCCGCAUUUCCUCUGUCAUCGAUCCAGAUGUUCUGUUGGUUUCUGUGAUCUCUCUCUCUCUCUUUCUCUCUGUGUGUGUGAACUUGUACGUUUUACACUGUAAAAUAAGUGAAAGUUCAUCUCCUGUUUUAACAACGUUCAUGUGCGCUUGUUGUAUAAAUUGUGCUUUCUGUAUCCGCUGUGUGUCGGGGCCAAAUGUGACUGGUGGCAGGUCUUUUUCUCUGGAGGCUGGGAAGUAUCUCACAAAGCAGGUCCGGCCCCCCAACUCUCACCUGCUGUUGUAACCAUGGCGACAUUUAGACGUUUGAUACCCACACUGAGUCUUAAGUAAGCAAUUAAUCGAUCAAUAGAAAGUUAAUCAGCAACUAUUUUGAUAAUAGAAGUCAUUUUUCAAGCAAAAAAGCCAACCAUUCCAGCGUCUUAAAUGCGAGGAAAAUGUUAUUAGGUUUGGUGCUGUUGGACAUUUUUAUAGAUUUUACAAAUGAGCAAGAAAAUAUCAGCAAAUUAAUCAGUAAUGAAAAUAUUCAGUAGUUGCAGCUCUCAUCUAAAGCAAAGCUGUAGUACUUUUUAAAAAAUGUGUUAAAAGAAAUCCAAACACAUUUAAACGCAUUUUUCAAAGGUUACAUUUACAAAAUAGUCUGAUGAAAAUGAUUAUGAAUUAAUGAAUAAUUAAAGUCUUUUUUGAAAUGUCAUUAUUAGGCCUCAAUGUUUUGGGACUAUUUUGAAAACAUACCAGAAGUAAGGGAAGUCAGUUAAAGUCAAUUCAAACGGCAACAAAUUUGAUCAUCUAUUAGUUUUUCCAAGCACAAAUGCCAAAUAUUUAUUUAUCUAUUCUUUGUCUCACUCUUAGUGAAUUUAAUAUUUUUAGGUUUUGGACAAAAAGCAGUUUUAAGACGUUACCAUGGGAUGUUUAAAAAAUAAAAAAAAAAGCAAAGAGUCUGUUAAAGUUUUCCCAGUCGAUUAAUCAGUUAGUCUGAAAAUUAAUCAGCAACAAAUUUGAGAAUUAAUUACAUUUUUCAAGCAAAAGUCUCAAACAUUCCCUUGUUUCAGCUUCUUUUACGUUGUUUUAUAUAUCGUUGUAAACUAAAUAUCUUUGGGUUUUGGACUUUGAAUAUGUCGCCUGCUCAUAAGUGUCAUAAACAAACUACAACACUAAGUCGUAAUUCAACAUAAUGAACACAAACUAAUGUUUUUAAUUGUUUUUAAUCCACAAAGUUGGAAGAACACUACUGUCUAAAAUUGACAAUUUUUUAAAUGAAACUAAAACCAGACCAGAAAUACGCUAAAGUACGUCGGCGCGGGUGUCCACAUACUUUUGGCUGUAACGUCUAUCUGACAUUUAGAGCUGAUAUUUGUUUUUCCUGGAGCAACCAGUAAAUUUAUAACGUUCUCCCAGUGAGGCAAAACAAAAACAGCCAGUUUCACAUUUGAAAGGAGACGAUAUAUUACAGGAAACCAUUUUCAUACAUUUUUUAAAAAGUGCAUAUAAAGUCUGUGGGACAGUAAACUUGAAUAUUUAGUAAACAGAGAUUUCAUCACGUGUCCAUCGUUAUUAAUUUGGUGUCUUUAUGGUAACUUCUGACAGACGGCCGAGCUUUGUGAAAUAACUGUUUUUACUCUCAGCACAAGUUCGUCUGUUUUUACCAGCGUUUGUGUUUGAAGUCUGAAAAACAAAAAUCACAUGUGACCAGUAAAAAAAACCCGGGAGAGGACAGAGCUGCUGCUGUAAAGACCAAACACCAGUCACACCACUGACUCGCUCUCUUUAUCCUCGGCUUUUAUAGUGUGUGUGUGUGUGUGUGUGUGUGUCUGAAUGAGAAUAAAAUGUAUAUUAAAAUUUUAUAAAUCUUUUAAAGAA